AUGACCCAACUUCCGCUCGGAACGCAGGACUCUGUGGCAGUAACCCCCGUGUCUCACUCUCUGGACCGGCGCACAUUGCAACUGUAUGCCGACCUCUUUUCUAUACUCCGGUCUGAUGCACUGCUUGUCGCAGCUCUUUGCGAAGCGGUCCCCCUCCAAGAGAUAGAUUCACUGUUACAGACGAUAAUGCUCACACUGUAUUACCCUAAUGUCCGAGGCGAACGCCUUGCCCUGAUCGUACUGCAAUCGCUUAUGUCCUCUCGCUUCGAAUCUAUUAGCGACCUCAGCUCUCUUCUGAAUCAGAACACAGCUCUUUUGCGGUCAUUGAUCACAUAUCUCCGUCGCACUCCUGGACAGACCUAUCUCAAGGCCGCCAUCGCUCCGAGGGUCAAACGUCUGGUCGAAUGCGACCAUCUCAACCUUGAAAUUAGCCCAGUCAAAGUCUACAAUCAGAUGUUAACUCAGAUACAAGCGGAUAUCGGCACUUUGCCGUCUGGAUUGCCUCGACAUGUGUCUGCGGACACUGCAGAAUUGGACCCUAAUGUUCAGGCUAUCAUUGCACAGCGAACCACGAUGCUUCAAGGGAUCGCAGAUAGCUUUCUCUCCGAGUUGACUAUCAACGAAGCGAGCGUCCCGCACGGAAUCCGGUGUAUUUGUAAAUGGAUACACGAACAAGCACUUGGCCGUUUUCCCAACGCCUCUGAACGCGAGAUUUCCUCUCUCAUUGGCACCGUGUACUUCACCUGCCUGAUCAAUCCAGCGAUCGUAGCACCCCACGCAUACCAGCUCAUUGAGGGAAUUCCGGCAAGAUAUCCGCGCCGAACGCUGACUACGAUUGCGAGGAUGUUCCAGCGCUUGGUCACCUCGCUGCCGCCGGACCAGGAAGCUCAUAUAGCUAAGCUUAGUUCUUUUACUGAGAAAAACCAGACGAAAGUGGAUGGUUUCAUGGGCAAGCUAUGCGAGGUCAAUGAACAGGACACGUCAUCCGAGGUAUGUCUCUUCGCGGCAAGUAGUUAA